AUGGAUAAAAAAAGAUCGGCUCAUACGUCUACCAGGCCAAAGCUUGCGCAGGGGCAUAGCAUAGCAAAAGCAACUUCAAGGAAGGCAAGGGGAGAUUGUGAUGAUAGCGAGAGCUCGUCUCACACGCACAUCUUCAGACGAGAUAAGUAUAAGAGCGAGUACAGGCGCAUCACGAGCGACGAGUUCGUCGGUGUCUUACCAUCGGUUUCGGGCUCGUCCGAUACGUUCCAGUGCGUGCACGGGCCCGGCGGCCGGCCGUACUCGCAGGAGCGCCGCCUCCAGAAGAACUUAGACCCCAUAACAAUUCCUCGCGAAUGGAGCAGUGAAUGUGAGCCGGUGGGCGAACGCGAGCUGGCGCAGGCCCUCGAGUUUCUGGUCACGGACGCGGCGGGGCAGCAGCUCGCGGAUAGGAUAGACGCGUAUCUCCGAGAUUUCGCCGCGGUCACUCGACGUGGAUAUAACAUUGAAGUUCUAAGCAGCUUGUGCGUUGUUCUGGAUUACCUAGUGGAUAGUAUGAAACGGAAACCUAACAUACGAGAAGGAGCCGUUCUACUUCUGAAGAACAUCGACAAACCCGUCCAGUUGACGCGCGCGUCCGACGUCGUGUCUCACUUUGAUGCUCUCACGAGAUACGUCGAGUUUCUGGGUUCCUUGCUCGUAAUAAGCGAGGAAGACGAGUUGUUUGAGCUGGUAGCACGCGGUGUGACGUGGCAGCUGUCUGGCGGCGAGGUAUCGCGGCGGUCACUCAUGCUUAAGGCCGCGCGCGCGCUCUUGCACACCGCCCCGCGCAUGCUGGCGGUCACCUCCCCACGCCGGUUCCCCGCCUUCCUUCACAUCGCUCUUCUUCUGGCUUGCCACUCCGACGACUACUGUGUUGAAAUGAUAAAGGAAAAUAUAUUUGAGAAUAUAUUUUACCGCUUCAAUCCUUACUUUCCUCACGAGUUACCCGCUUAUGAGUUUAAUCCGGUGGAUCCUCAGGAUUACACCGUGAAAUUAGGAGACAGUAGCACCAACAUGGAUACUAUAUUGUCCUUGCUUCUGGUACUUUUGCAAACUCUGAAAAACUACUUAAAUGUGAACCCAAAAUGCCGUACCCUCCUUCCUUGUCCGGAUUACAACUCUCAAAGGUGUUUUAUUUGGGCGUACCGCUUUGAGUGCCGCGCUCGCGAUCACCGGCAUGAACGGAACACUCUGACCGUGGUGGCGCACGCACUCCUCCACUGCUUCGGUGACCGUCUGGCGGCCUUCUCGACCUUACUGAUGCCGGACGUGAUGGCGCUGUCCGUCCUCAGCGAGGUUCCUCGCAGACCGGACUGGACCGCGACCGUUCAUUUCAAUACUUCCCAAGCCGAUGUACAUUUCAAAAAAUUGUUAUUACACUUGUGCGUCGAUUUUCUCAAGAUUCUACCAGCUAAUAGCUUCAUGGUGGAGUCUCAACACUGGCUCCUGGGUUUAAUGUUUCUGCUGGACCCGUGCCUCAGUCCCCUCCGAGCUCAUUGGUCUCCCGCUCUAUUUGCCGAAAUCCGCAAAACUGGGCUACAGGCCCUAGUCUGUACACUCCCGGUCAUGCCGCAGCGGUUAAUACAAGAAUACGAUAUAAUAAGAAGGGUACUGUGGUACGUGGAGUGGUACUCGGAGAGCCCGUACCCGCUGCCCACGUUGUACUGGAGCGUGCGUGUGCUGCGCGCGGCGACUCGCGAUCGGCGGCAAUCGCUCGACGACCUUUUUGACACCCACGGAGUCAUCAUAUUGACACAUCUCUGCUACACGCUGCUGGAGCAGAAGCGUCCACCCGUGGAGCGCAGCCAGGCGGUGCUCUCGCUGGCGCUAUGCGUGCUGGCGGGGGCGGCUGAGACGCGGCCGGUGCGAUGCUGCGUGUACGCGCUGCGCUGGCCCUCUGCCGGCUGCGACCUCGCGCAGCGCAUGCUGAGCGUCGUGCUGUACGCGCUCAAUAACCACCUCAUCGUCAGCGACAGAUGGCUCGUAUCAUUACUGAACUUCAUUUGGGAAGCCAUUGUUUGGAACAAAGAGUAUAGACAAAAGUUUGUCUUAAAGCACGGUGUUUACCAUCUCCUGGACAUAGUUACGACGAGCACGGCCCCCGUGCAGUGCCUCGCUCUGGCGCUGCUGUGCGACGUCGCGCGUAGCGGAGACGCUCUGGCUCAGCUGGUCACCUGGCGCGCCGGCCUCGUGGCCUCCAGCGCCUAUCCGUGUGUGGCAAAAAGCGGCUCAUCGGUCGCGAGCCUGCUGGCCGCGGUGUUCAGAGACGAGUGUCUGUCCAGCGGGGCGCAGCUGGAUGAGCGCGGAGUCAUUCAGAACGUGAACAACCCUCUUCAGUCAUUAGCAUCGCGUGACGAAAUGGACAGUGCAGAGCAUAGAGAAGGUGCGAGCCAGCGCACCCCGGUGUGCUGGCCCGCGGCGGAGGCGGCGGGCUCGCGCGCGUCUAAGGCUUUUGCCCUCUUGCAACUACUAUCGGAAGAUCUAGCGCAUAAAGUAGCUCUGGCCGAUGAGACGUACAACUUGUAUAAAAAUAUACGACUGGAACCCGAGGACGAGGUAAUUUUGGUACUAUGUUCCCACUAUAUGACGAUCAAACUCAACGAGACUUGGUUGGAAACGAAGCUGCAGAGUCCAGGACUUUUGAUACAGGAUGAAGAUGUCGUCAACGAAUUUUUGGAAAUAAAUAAAGGAUGGGCGAAGGAGAUAAGACGACAACAAUUGGACGUGCUGGAAAAAUAUCAUAAAAAGGAAGCCGAGGAAGAGAGCACGCUGUACGAGUUCCUGGGGCGAGUGCGACUGACGAGCGCGCUGGAUGCACUGCGCGAGGUUCGCUGCGCUGCGAGAACCGUGCGACCCCCACAGAACAUCGCGACGAGCAGCAGCCACGAGGACCUGCUGCGCACCUACCGUCCUCCGCUUGACGAACAGAAUGUGACCGGCCAGUAUGUGAAGAUAUUGCAUAUAUGCAUUCAACCGAAAAACAAGCAUGCUGUAUAAACUCUCUAUAAAGCCUUUUUUGAUAUUUUAAUAUAA